UAUUUAUAAGUGUUCGCCUAUGAAGGGACGUGCCCCAUUUUCGUCUCGUCCCCGAGAAAGCACAUCCAGCGAAGAAGCUUCUUCCACCUCUCGUUCUCCCCCGAUCUUUAGCUUUUCGCGCAAUCUGGUGAGCUUUUCGGGAUAGGCAAAGGUGGAGGAAAAGCCGACGAUGCAUGCAGUUUGGUACGAGGGUUAUGGUGGUGGAGCCGCCGGCUUGAAGCAUGUCAAUAUCCCGGUUCCCGCACCUAAAAAGGAUGAGGUUUUGGUGAAACUAGAAGCAAUCGGUAUAAAUCCUUACGAUUGGAAAGUGCAGCAAGGACAGCUGAAACCAUUUCUUCCUCGCAAAUUCCCUAUGAUACCAGCCAACGAUGUAACAGGAGAGGUUGUUAAGGUCGGACCAGCAGUCCAGAAAUUUAAACCAGGCGACAAAGUCGUUGCCGUCCUCAAUCCCAUGACAGGAGGUGGAUUCGCCGAGUUCGCCAUCGCAAAGGAGAGCCAAACGGUGGCGAGGCCACCUGAAGUAUCAGCACCGGACGGGGCAGGGUUACCCGUAGCCGGCCUCACUGCACUCCAGGCCCUCACCCAAGUUGCGGGGCUAAAGCUUGAUGGUAGCGGACCGCUGAAGAACAUCCUGGUCACCGCCGCCUCUGGUGGCGUCGGCCAUUACACGGUCCAACUCGCCAAGUUAGGAAACACGCACGUGACCGCGACUUGCGGGGCUCGCAACGUCGACUUGGUGAAGAGCCUCGGCGCCGACGAGGUCCUCGACUACAGGACCCCAGAGGGAGCCGCCUUGAAGAGCCCCUCCGGCAAGAAGUACGACUUCGUGAUCCACUGCGCGCUCGGGUUCCCUUGGUCGGUUUUCGAGCCGAACUUGAGCGCCCGUGGCAAGGUGAUAGACCUCAGCGCGGGCCUCAAGGCCAUGAUGACUUACUCUCUCCAGAAGCUCACCUUCUCCAAGAAGCUGCUCGUGCCGAUGGUAUUAUCGCCCAAGGGCAAGAAUCUGGAAAUUUUGGUUAAGUUGGUUAAGGAAGGGAAGCUCAAGACCUUCGUCGACUCCAAGUGUCCUUUGAGCAAAGUUGAAGAUGCCUGGGCUAAGUCUAUCAGCGGUUGCGCCACUGGCAAGAUCAUUGUAGAGCCAUAAGAUCAACAGUACUGGUGUGCUCUUGAAAAGCGUAAUUUCACUUGAACCGCGCGAUUGGCAUAUGCUGAGGAUAUUUACUAAAUUAGUUUUAA